AUGAAAACUAUAUUCACUGAUCAGGAAAGUCAUAUGGCUACAACAAUUAAACAGGUAUUUCCUAAUGCUCAUCAUCGUUUGUGUUUAUGGCAUAUUUUUCAGAAUGUUGCUAAGCAUUUGUCGAAUAUAUUUGGUACUCAUAAAUCAUUUUCAAGUGAUUUUAGAAAAUUUAUUUAUGAUUACGAGACUGAGGAUGAGUUUUUGUUGGGCUGGGAGCAAUUACUUGAAACAUACGACUUAAAAGAUAACAAAUGGUUGAAUAACUUGUUCAAGUUACGUGAGAAAUGGUCACAAGUAUACGGAAGAGAACAUUUUUGUGAUGGUAUGACAACCACUCAAAGAAGCGAGAGUAUUAAUAAUUACUUCAAGAAAUACUUUAAGAAGAAACAAACUCUUUCAGAAUUUGUGGUUCAGUCUGAUAAAGCAGUGGAUGUGCGGCGUGAAAAGGCUAGAAAAGCAUACCACAAAUCUGUGUCGACGCAACCAGACCUGACAUCAGUAUGGGAAGUAGAAAAAAAAGCGGCUGAAAUAUAUACUCGAAAGAUUUUCAAUGAAUUCCAUUCGGAACUUCUGAGGCUCAUUGAUCUUUAUUUUGAACUCGAUACUGAUGACGGAACAACAAACAUAUAUAAAGUAUCAUCAUAUAUUGGAGAAAGGGAGCCUCGUACAGUACGUAUCACUUCCUCUAACCUUACAUUUCAGUGUAGCUGCAGAAAAUUUGAAUUUUCCGGUAUAUUAUGUGCUCAUAUCUUGAAAGUACUCCGCCAUUUAAAGUUAUCUGAUCUCCCAUCUCAUUAUUACCUAAAGAGGUGGACCAAAGAGGCGUCAAAUAUUACUAUAGUAUUUGAUUCUCAGGUAAAUAACAUAAUGGUUGAUUGCGAUCUUUCGCUAUCUACACGUUAUAGUGAGUUGUCUCACUUAGCAUUAUCGGUAGCUAAAAUUGGUUGUGUAAAUGAGGAACUAAGUAUAGUUACAAAACAAGCGUUAUUGAGGGUUCUAGAAGAGAUUAAGUCUCACUCGACGACCCAGCCGAGUAGCAUGGAAGAUGUUUAUGAAAGGAAUUUGCUUGAAAGAGAUGACGAAGAUAUUCAACAAGUGAACAUAACUGUUAAAGAUCCCAUUCGGGAAAAAACAAGAGGAGAGUCUUCCAAAAGACACAAGGGCGGUCCAGAGAAAGGAAAAAAAGGGAAAAAAACUCGCAAAGGUACAGGUGUUGUUGACAAGUCUGAUCCUUCCAAAUCUGACAAGGAAGCGGCUAAACUUUCUUGGGAUGGAGCUUUUGCUGUGGCCGUUGUAGCACUUUCUCGUGCAUAG